AUGGAAAAACCCGAAUUGCCCAGGGUACCCUUGCGGUCGGGGUGAGUGGGAGAGAGAGAGCGUUGCCGGAGGAGGCUAAAAUGCCAAAGAAGCGAGUGGGCGGCACAAAAAACAACACAACGCCCCCGAUGGUGCAAUGGGGGAGCCUGCGCUUCGCUCGCCCUCCCAUUCCGGCCUUAUGGCAAUAUCGCGCGAGAUUUUUCGGGCGAGGGAGUGGCGAUCGGGCGCUCCGAGCGAGACUACUUUUCCGCGCUGUUUGGGUAUGCGUUUUUUUGGAAGGAGCUCCGGGGGGAUAUGGUAGGAUAAAGGGUCAGUUUUGGACAGAGGAAGAAGUUGUAGUUUAAUCAUCAUUUUUGGAAGGAAUGGGGAAAUUCUCAAAAUUCGAUAGGCAGAUUUGAAAUUUCUUACAAUUAGCUACAUAAAAAGUUUUCGCUGUUAAACAAAAAGUUUUACUGAGAUACCCGAGAUAUUCAACGAUUUUUCCAGGCAACUCUAUCCUCUUUGGACCGAUUUUUUGUUGGAAAAUUGGACUCAAAAAACAUCAGCUCUGCCUUGGAAAUUUUGAAAAGUCUUAAACAUAAGGCAAUUUUCAAAUUAAAAUUUAUAUACCUUAUGCUUCAGAGAGUCAUAAGCUUGAUCUGUGCGAAUUUCGAAGGCCAUCAGAAGGCCUUAUUUUGAGUACUGACCAUCUAAAGUCAUAUUGCUUCAAGGUUAAAAUGCCCUCAAAAUUUUCUUGAUUUCUAUAUUUUUUCUUUGCUAUAGGCACAAUAAAAUAUCCCUUAUUCUAUCGUAAGUUCUCUGGCAAUCUAAAUACAACCCUUAUUCUUCGUCUUUUCCAUUUUCAAAUCACUUUUCUUCCACCCCAGCCAAGUCAUAACGCGCACCGCGCAUUUCCAAACCGCCGCGAAUGGGCGUAUGCAAAUUACGGGCAAUGCCAUUGGACGAAUGAGGCAAUGCCAAAAGCGCAUUUCGAUGGAGCGUCGUUUUUUUCUAUCGAUCGCCAAAAACCAUAAGGCAGUCCACCUCGGGGUCCCUAUAGACGCCAUCGAAGAAAAGAGCGGGAUUUCGAUGCCUCGAGGGCAAUCUUGGAGGGAAUUUGGAUUCAGGCGCGUUGAUAAGACAGAGAUAUUGUCUGCGGGCGAUGGACAGAAAAUUAUUUUGCUUUAGAGGCGUCUGGCGAAAGAUAUUAUAUUGUACUUGACACUAGGUCAUGUUUGAUGGAUAUCCUUGUGUUAGAGGGUUGCGUUGGACUCCAAUUUUUUCCCAGAGACUUUCAGAUCAUCAAAGUCUUGCCCGAGGAUUUUCAGCCAAAUUCGAAAAACUCGACCAUCACAAAAAUCGAGAUUUCCCCCAAUUUUCCAUUACUUUUUAUUCUCUCGAUUGUUGAUACCCCCGUUUCUUUUGAAAUCACCAUACCGUAGCCCCGAGCGCCCCGCCGUUCCGAGGCCUUUAUUAGCCCUCCAGAGCCCACCGUGUAAUUUCCCGCAUUUUCGUUUUUUCUGCGUAUACUUUCUCUCUCGUUCGUCGCCAUUGGCCUUGAAAACAACUGCCGGAAAGAACGAGCCGAAGGUCGUUCGGGUGCCGAAGGCGCCUCGUUUCCCGCAUCCGAUCAGAAUACGCAAAAAAAAGAAGAUUUUUCAUUAGGACUUGUAAUUGGAAGUCUGAAGGUUAGCAAAAAAAAACGUCAAAUUUUAUAAAAUUUUUGAGUUUUAUGGACAAAAACGUAAAUAAAAAAGACAAAAAAUCUCGUAUCUUACCAAACAAGAGUCCUCGGACAGCCCUGUCAAGUUUUUUCACCGCUGAAAUUACGGUAAACCCAUUAUCCUACAAAAAAGCGUUAAAUUUUAUGCAUGAUUUUUCCUCGUUUAUGGAUUUUGACGUAAAUCGGAAAAACCGCAGGUUUUGAAGAGUUUUUUCGAUCGAAAAGGAUUCAAAACUCGCCCUUAGGCUAUUUGCCUGCGGUCAAUAAUUUUUUUUCGAACAUUUCUCUUGUGUCCUGCGGGGAAUUUUCGUUUUUUGUCCAUUUUCCCAUGAUUCUAUUUUUUAUGCAAAUUUGGGUGUUUUUCGCAAUUUUUUGGUCGUUUUUGCCCGUGGCAUUGCUUUCGCGCGCUUCAUUUCCCUAUUUCCAUUUUCAAUUCAUGUAUUCCGUUUGUUUUCAGUCGUUGUCGACUCUUCUCCACCAUCAUGGAUAACACCGGAUCCACCGACCUAAAACAGCUCCUCAUGAGCGGCGUGCCGCCGCAGGUCCAGCUCCUACAGAUGCUGCAGCAACAGCAGCAGCAGGCGUCGCAGUCGCAGCAAGCGUACACCAGCUCGCUGGCGCAGCUUCUGCAAAACCCGAUGGGCCGCCACCUUUUGGCGGCCAUGUCGCAACAACAGAACGUGCAGCUUCCGGAGCCCCCGAAAACCGUGCAGAGCAGUCCGCGCCAGGUGAAGACGCCGAAACGGAAGAGUUUGGUCAAGGAGAACCAGCCGCCGGUCGAUUAUUCGCGGCUUCAGGGCCUGAACCAACUGGCAGAUGUGGCCAGCGCGCAAGCGCAAGAUCAGAAGUCGUUGGGGUCGCUGAAGGUGACCGUGGAUCAGGACCAUCAUUUCCAGCCCUUGUCUUCCACGACCUCUGUGGAUGAGGGCGUUCACACGUCCUCGACGAGUCCGGCCGACACCCAUUCGGGACCUGUGAGUCCGUUGGACAUGGAGAAUGAAAUCCCGAAAGAGGGCGAGCAUGGCGACAGAAAACGACCUGCAGCCAUCAUGGAGUUGUUGAACAACAAAAAACGCCGAUUGGAAUUGAAGAAGGAGGGAGUAAGCGAAUAUUUAUCUUGUUUUAGGUAUCUAAAAUAAUAUUUUUGCUCAUAACUGGACUGAAACUUUAUGAAUGAUCUUAAUUCUUCUUGAAUAUGUUUUCUAUUGCCCUGGAGUUUGUUUGACGAUCAAAUUCGAUCAGAAUUGAGGCUUUUUUGCAAUGGAUAAUAUCAAAAUUACCAACAACUUUAUUUUUCUCUCUAACUUUCCCAUUUUUCAGUCUGAUUGCGAAUCCUCUCCUCCAGAGCACUGGUCAGAAGUCUUCAACAAAACCGCAGUCCCCGAAGACGAUACAGAAACCACCUCGUCCACCGCGUCCAAACACGAUGAACCUAAACCGAAGCCAGAAGACCUGAACACAACCGGUCUGUUGGCAUCGCUUUUUGGCCAUGAUCACGAUCUAAAUGAGUCAACCAGCACCGAGAAGAAGUACGAUGUGUAUGGCUGUCAAGAUAUCCCGUCGAAUUGGAAUACCGGCGUGGUUUAUGAAAGCCCCAUGGCUCGAGACAUACCUCAUGACGAAAUUUUCUCGGAAGUCCCUGGUCGUCUAUCAUUGCUGAGCAAUGUUACUAAACAUAAGGUAAGGUGUUGGUUGUUUUCAGAGUUCGGAUUUUGAGAUUUUAAAGGUUUUUUUUGCACGGUGCGGUUUGAUUUGCACAGUGCGGAAUUUUUUGGGCUUGAUUUGCACCGUGCGGAUUUUUUUGGCUUUGAAUUGCACUGUGCGGAAUUUUUUGGCUUUGAUUUGCACGGUGCAGAAUUUUUUGGUCUUCAUUUGCACAGUGCGGAUUUUUUUGGCUUUGGUUUGCACGGUGCAGAAUUUUUUGGCUUUGAUUUGCACGGUGCGGAAUUUUUGGUUUUGAUUUGCACGGUGCGGAUUUUUUUGCUUUUGAUUUGCACAGUGUGGAAUUUUUUGGAAUUGUUUUGCACGGUGCGGAAUUUUAUGAGGUUGAUUUGCACGGUGCACCGCGGUGCAACAAAAAAAAUUCUCUUUUUUAUUCUCGAUCUUUUCAGAUGACUGUCGCAGAAGUUCGCCGGCGCGUUCUCGGCCCCGAAGCCUUCAACUUCUCACUUCUCGGCGCCCUCCUUCGCCGAGCCAAGAUGCCCGAAAAGUCGCAAGCUUUAUUCGAUGAUCUCCAAAAAGUUGGUCUCUCCAUCCCGCGCGGACGCCGGCGAAAUAUCACCGUCUCCCUGCUCUCCGCCCUCACCGAAGCCGAGUCCGAGCAGUUGGUCAAUGAUUUUGGGCGAGUGAGUGAGGAGAAGUUCCCGGUUCAAGAGUUUGUGGAGUACAGCUAUCAACAGACCUGUCAGAAGAACUUGGACAGUCUCAGGAUGCGAGCGGUGGAGCUGAAUGUGACCAAGAAGGUGCUCACCGAGUUCUUGGGGCUGUUGAAGAUGGAUCGGUCGGAAAUCAGAGACAUGGUGAGUUGAAAUGCGGUUUUUUGGGAAGUUUUGGGAGUUUAAGGAUAGGGGAAGGUAAAAUUAGAUGGGAAAUUGGUUUUUAAAGAGGAGAUUGAAACCUCUCUAUGUUUACUGAACUAUAUGGAUUAUAAUAGAUCAGAAAUUCAUUGGAUUUUUUUUGGUGUUGAAAGGUGACAUAAGAUUUUCUGAUUUUCAUAGGGUAUAAGGUAAAAUAAGGUGGGAAAUGGAUUUUACAACUGCUGAUUUGGUUGUCUCUUGGAUUAUGAGAGAGAUUAUACUCUAAUUUAGGAUAUUUUUUCCAAAAUUCAUUGGAUUUUUUGGAUGUGGAAAGGUGACAUAAAAUUUUUUGAUUUUAAUAGAGUAUAAUGUAAAAUAAGGUGGGAACCGAGAUUUUCAAAGGUAAAUUAAUUAUCUUCUUGGGUUGGAAUAUAGAAGAGACAAUAAAAUUUCCGAAUUAAAAUGGAAAUUGAUGAUUUUUUGAGGCUAUGACAAGAUGGGACCAAAAAAUUGCACUUUAAUGACGUUUCAAGCUCAAUUUUUCAAUUUAACCUUUUCCAAUUUCAGAAGCCCACCCCAAUCCUCCCGGCGCAUAUCCAAGACCCUCUGUCGAUAUACUCUAUGCUGACCCACGGCUUCGGAACGCCCGGCCUUCAAGUGGGCGUCAAAAUGUUGGGCACGUUCGUGGACAAACAACUCGAACUUCUCACUGCCGAUGUUGCCCAAAUGGCCGGUCAGAUGUCCCAAAAUGGAUAAAUAUUUGAUGUUUUUGUCGAUCUGUUUUUGUUGUCAUAUUGCAUUUGAUGCAAACAUAUAUAACUUGCAUAUCCAUCACCAAAACCCCACCGUAUUUUGCCUUAAUCCGCCCUUUUUCAAAACGUAUCUCGAUUUCUUCGUUCUCCUUAUCAGUUACAACGUACAGUGGCGGAUCUGAUCCAAUGGCGAAAAACGUACCAUUUUGCAUCCCGGAAGUAUCAAAAAAUGUAGCAAAAUACCUCCUUCUUCAAGUGAAAAACCCUGGUUUCAAAAGUGCACCCGCUCUUUUUGUGAGCGAAACUCUUAAAACCGGAGUUUUUUUUACAGUGGGGGACCUGCUCCAGAGGCAAAAAACGUGCCAUUUUGCAUCCGGGAAGUAUAAAAAAUGUCGCAAAAUGCCUCCCUCUCCAAGUGAAGAAACUUCCGUUUUGAAAGGUGCACCCGCUCUUUUUGUGGGUGAAGGUUCGCGCCUUUCAUAAUCGGAGUUUUUUCACUUGGAGAGGGAUGCAUUUUGCCACAUUUUUAUACUUCCUGGAUGUAAAAUGGUACGUUUUUUUGCCACUGGAUCAGGUCCCCCACUGUAAAAAACUCCGCUUUCAAGAGCUUCGCUCACAAAAAGAGCGGGUGCACUUUUGAAAUUUGAGUUUUUUAACUUGAAGAGGGAGGUAUUUUGCCACAUUUUUGAUACUUCCCGGAUGCAAAAUGCUACGUUUUUUGCCGCUGGAUCAGGUCCGCCGCCGUAAUCCCCCGCCCAAUUUCACUUGGAUUUCUCCCCGAAACUCUCCCUUCCCCCCACCCACCUCUGAUGUCGCUCCUACAAAAAUUCUCGAGCCAGUGAACUCAUGUAACUUUCUCUUCUCCCUCUCGUGGCCUUUACCCAUUGUUUUUGCUGCUGGAAUCUCUCUCUUUUUUUUUGUCAUUUCGACCAAAGCACAACGUGUGUACAGUUCGGGUUGUUUGCGCAUUCGUUUUCUCAACUAACCGCUAAUCCCAUCCCAGUAUUAGUGGAUUUUUGUAAUGAUUCGACCUUGUUGUUAAAAAAAACCGUAAUAAAUCAAAGUAAUCGUAAUUUUGGAGUGGAUUUUUUUAAUUUUUUUCGUUUAUUCUGGAAUUUUUAUAUUAUUUUAUUAGGUCUAGAAGUAUGACUUUGUCGUUUUUUUAUUUCGCGGUUUUCACAGGUUGAGAUACAAUUUCGCAAUUUCUGUUUAGAGCAUCUGAAAGAACGCUGAAAACGCUAUCUACUGAUAUAUAUCUCAUAUGGUAGGGCUUUAUAUCACGACUUUUAUAAAACUUCCAAGAUGACCAACUUCGCCUUAAGAAAGUGCCGUUUGCGGGGAACUUUAUUCUGCACGUGUAAUUUGAGGAAAAACGUCGAUGACGCAUCGAACACUCAUGAUAGCUUACGUUAAUCGCGCUUUGUUUAAAAAAAUCGGUUGGGAAUGGCAUCAACGGUUGAAACCCGGAGAUUUCCAAACCCACCUAAAAAGUUGGAAGAUGGAGAAUAUUGGUUAGAGCCGACGGCCAGAUGCAGUAAAAGUUAGCCGAAAGGCUUAACGUGACGCAGAAAGGAGUUUCACUCAGUUUACAUCAACUGGGGAUGAUCCAAAUAGAAGGGACUUGAGUCUCAUAUGGGUUGACCUAACGCAACAUGUAGAAUUUGCGAAAUUUUGACAGAGAGACGGGAAGAAAGUCAUUUCUGUGUCAUUUAGUGAUCCGAGACGAACAAUCAAUCGAUUUUGACAACACGAAGCGCAAGCGACCGCGUUGUCCAACAUUAUCGAGAAGAAAGCUUUUCUCUGUAUAACAUGACAUAAACAAGAUGCUCUUUACUGAGAGCUCUUGAAAACCGGUAGAACGGUUACUGGCAUCCGUUAUCAACAAUAGCUGAUGCAACUGAAGGAAUAGCUAUGAUUAAAGCGGUCGGAAAAUUUUUUUUUAUUUUGCCGCAUGAUGACGUCAAACCCCAUGUUGAAAAACCGGUCGAAAACACCCUAGAACCGCUGAGGUGGGAGGUGUUCCCGCACCCGCUAUACUCUCCGGACACCAUACUUUCAGACUAACACUUGUUUCGAUCGAUGGCACCCGAUCUGAGGCCGCAACGCUUCGCUGAAUACAAAAAUGUCAAAAAUUGGCCCGUUGACUAAAUCGCCUCAAAACAAAAAACGUUUUCACUGAUGGCGUUCAAAAAUUGCUCAAAUUGUUGGAAAAUGUCAUAGUCAGUAGUGGUAAUAGUAACUAAAUAAGCUUUAGUGUAAAGUUUUUUGUUUUGGUUUAAAUUAUGAGCCGCAAAAAACGACAAAGUCAUACUUCUAAACCUAAUAGGUAUAAAAAAUAUUUAAAAUGACGGUAAUCUUAAUUUGUGACCCUGUCAUAGCAAAUUAUUCGAUCUUUCAACUCAAAAAUCAUAAAUUUUCUCCAUUUCCAUCAACAAUUUAUAACAAAAAUAAUAAAAACCUAACAAGUAUAAUAUACAAACAGUCCUAAUUUGUCCUUUCAACAAACCAAUGGAGCUUCUCGAAGCUCUCCGGAAUCAAAACCACCCUCAUUUCCAUAGCCUUCAUCCUUAAAGUACGCGCGACGCCAUAACUAGGGAUACACUUGGCCAAUUAUAAAAUAAUUCCCGCCGGGACUCAAAGCAAAUUUGAAAUUAUUCGUGUGUACGGUAGAAAAAUAUUUUUUGUUGGAGGACGAGACAUUUUCUUGUUUUGUUGAUAGUACUGCAAGGUAUUUGGUAAGUCGAGUGUGUGUAUUUUGUUUGAUUUUGUUGAUUUUUGUGUAAUAAAGAUAUAACUUUGUCCAUUUAUUGUUUAUGUGCCGCAUUACGGUUUCAAGGCCGAAUUAUUACCUUUCUGGCGGCUCCGGUUUUAGCUAUCGCAACACGGAAGAUAAUCUCUGCCCAAUCGUUGGUCCGGAACAAAGAGGUAUGUUGUUUUUGCUAAUUUUGAGGUGUGUUUUUGGUUUUAGAACAAAAAGUUACCUGUUUUUCUCUGAAAUCUUUGGGAGAAUCACUUUUCGGUCAAUAAGGGCCUAAUUUUUUGUUGUUUUUAAUACUAAGGGUGCUUUUCAGUGGAUUUCACUGUACCAACCAACGAAGAACAGCAUGGUUAACACAGAGAAGGAUGGUCCACUGGCAGAUGAGGCGUCAGAAAGAAAGGAGAAGGCCCUCAAAACAUGCGAAACUAAUGGAAUAGCCAUUGUGAACAAAGGAAAUGCCAUCAAAAAACUGGAAUGGGUAUUCGCGGUCAUAGAUCCGCAAUAUCAGGACAAGCCCCGCUGA